AUGGAGAAAAUGCAUACAACAAAAGAGGUCUCUACUGCGGACGAUAUCGAUUUGCAAGUUGGGGAGGCUAUGGACACCUUGGGUCCACAGGUAACUACGACUUCCGACCGACACGGAGAAUAUAAACGUACAAUAUCAGCUCGCCAGGUCCAUGUCAUCUCCCUGGGUUCCAAUAUUGGAAGUGGUGUUCUUAUUGCCACUGGCAAGGGCUUGAGUAACGCCGGCCCGCUCGGUGCGCUCCUUGCCUAUGGUAUGGUAGCCACUGCGGUUACUGCAGUCUACCAAGUUCUAGGCGAGAUGACAAUUGCAUUUCCAACUUCUGGUAACUUCAUCGACUACGCUGAUCGAUUCGUUCAUCCCUCAAUUGCUUUUGCUGCAGGUUUCGCUGAGUGGCUAGGAUGGAGUGCAGUUCUUGGUUCCGAAGCAGUAUUUUUCAGCUUGAUCGUCCAACAGUGGACAAAUGUCGUACCCGAAGCUGUGUGGCUUACUCUCUUCAUCCUCGCCACAGCGGCACUUUUCAGUCUUCCCACCAAAUGGUUUGCUUGGUACGAAUACGUUACUUCAGUAGUGAAGGUGUUUGGCGUAAUGAUAUUUCUUAUCAUGGAUUUUGCUAUAAUUGUCGGAGCAGGUCCCAAGGGUAAGGUGCAUCACGGAGAGACAUGGCACGAAGGGCCUCUGGUGAAAAAUGGCUUUGGGGGCUUCUCCAGUGCUUCUCUCCUUGCUCUUUGGGCUAUGGCGGAUCAAGUUUUCAUCACAAUCAUGGGUGGCGAGACCACAUCGCCGCGUCUUGCUAUUUCGAGAGCGGCUAAGACUGUGCCCGUGCGCAUCGCCACCAUCUACCUUCUUACCGUUAUUUUCGCUUCCAUACUGGUCAGUUCAGAUGACCCGAGGCUGUUUGGUGGUUCAUCAACUUCCCAGUCCCCGUUCACAAUUGCCAUGGAAGAAGCCGGAAUUCAUGGCGUCGACGAAUUCCUGCGCGUCAUUAUAUUGCUCUCCGUCUUCGGCUUUGGUGCCGAAGCAAUCUAUGUUGCAUCAAGAAUUCUGAGAGCUCUGUCAUACCAGGGCCUUAUACCGCAGCUCAUCGCUGCCAAGGUGGAUUCUCGAGGGCGACCCGUUUGGUCCUUAAUUAUCACUGGUGUCGUUUCCAUCGCCCUGACUUACAUAAACCUUAGCGGCAAUGAGGUAGUGCUGACAUAUAAUUUUGUAGGAACUGGCACCACAAUAUUUAUCUGGCUCUCAUCCAUCACCGCUUCGGCGUUCUUCAUAGUAUGGAUCGUUGUCGCCGUCACGUCUCUUCGGUUUCAUGCUGCUCUGAAGAAGCAAAAUGACAUGCUUUUCACUGAGGUCUUAGCUUGGCGCUGUUGGUGGUGGCCUGUGCCUGCUAUUUGGUUGCUGGCCGUCAGUACCUUGCUUUUUAUUUGCUGUCUUUACAGCGGCUUGUACCCAUUGGGAGCCGACGUGAUCUCUGCAGAGAACUUCUUUCAAUACAAUAUCGGAGUUGUCAUCGUUAUUGUGUUCACUAUUGCACACAAAUUGAUAUACCGAAGCAGGUUUCGGCAACCGGCGACGGCUGAUCUGACUACAGGCAGACGAACACUUCGCGGUGAGGAGAUAUCAAUGCUACAGCAGUACUACGAUCGCCCCGCGUGGGUCAGAGCGAUGGCAUAUUUCAAGUUCUGGUAG